AGCUUCUGCCACUCAGAAAUGGCAUCAGAUACUCAAGGGCAACCUUCACUCCCUUCCUCUUCUCACCCUCCCAAUGAUUCACUUCACGCGUCGCUACUUCCAAGCCUUCCUUUCGACCUCGUGGUGGAAAUCUUGUGCAGGCUCCCCGUGAAGUCCCUCUUGGAACUCCGCUAUGUAUGCAAGUCUUGGAAUUCCUUAAUCUCCGAUCCCAAGUUCGCCAAAAAGAACCUCCGCUAUUCAUUGACAGACUUCACUCGCCACCACCUCAUCGUAAGCAACUUCUCAUACUACACACGCGAGUUAUCUUUCACAACUUACCCGCUACUCUCUAUUUUCAACGUCGUAGCGCCUGCUCCCGCCAUUCAACUUGAGUACCCUAUGGGCAGUUACAAACGUUUGGAUGAAAUCAAUGGAUCUUGCCACGGCAUCCUCUGCUUCAGCGAUGAUUAUUCAAACUUUCCUUUUUUAUGGAAUCCUUCCACUCGGAGAUUUAAGAAACUACCCCCUUUGGAAAAUUUACCGCUAAAGAGAUCAUGUUACACAAUAUAUGGUUUUGGUUACGAUCAUUUCUCUGAUUGCUAUAAAGUAGUUGCAGUUUUCUGCUAUCCAAGUGAUAAUGGGGGUUACAAAACACAAGUCAAUGUUUAUACUUUGGGUACAUAUUCUUGGAGGAGGAUUCAAGAAUUCCCUUUUGAAGAUGUCCCAAAAGAUCCAGGAAAAUUUGUAAGUGGCACUAUUAAUUGGUUAUCAUUUGAUGAUUCUAAUUGGGUUGUUGUUUCUCUUGACUUGGAGAAGGAAAGUUAUCAAAAACUUAAUCAACCUACUACUGGUUAUGGAAAAGUGAAUUUGACUUUGGGGGUGUUGAGAGAUUGUUUGUGCAUCAUUUCUAAAUAUGAUACGUUUUUUGAUGUUUGGCUUAUGAAGGAGUAUGGAAAUAAGGAGUCUUGGAGUAAAUUAUUCACCAUAAGGGAACUAGGGUCUUCAUAUGCAAAGAUACUUCAUAUGUCAGAGAGUGAGGAAGUGCUGCUGGAGUUAAAAGAGAAUUUUGUUCUAUACAAUUUCAAAAAUGGAACUUCUAAGACAGCCUACAUUCAAAUGGAACUUCAUAUGUUAGAGGAUGAUGGCUCCCUGAUGGGCUCAGAGGUCUAUGUAGAAAGUUUGAUGUCACCUUGUUCUUUGUAUUAAGAUGUGGACGCUGCUAUGCUUGAAGAAUUUGUCAACCCAUUAACUAGACCUUACAUGUUUUCAUUUCAUUCAAUGUAUCUUAAUUAUUUUUUGGCAAACUUAAAAAUGCUGUUUGUGUUUUAAACAGCAGCAAUGCCCCCCACUUAUUGGCCAAUAGCAAGAUGCCUAAUGUACUAGACUGCCAUAUCAUCCAUU